AUGAAGUCGCCCAUCCAGCUUGGCUUCGUUUGGUGCGCCAUCGGCCUUGUUGCGGCUGUCCAACCCCCACCUUCACAGAGUGAUGUUGCCUUCACGUCAGCUCUCGUUCGGCGCACUCUCGAUCUUUCGACCUACUUCAAGUCAUAUGACACGGCCGUUAAGAACCUUACCACCUAUGUGGACGUCUUCGCGUCUGACCCCCGCCGCUCGUAUGACUUCGGUUACGCUGCCGGGUUUCUUAUCUCUUUCAUGAGCGGCGGGGCAAAGGUGAUCGGCGACUCGGGCGCGUCUGUCACAGAUGAGGUUCCCGGCGUCAUCGAGACCGUUCGCCGAGAUGUCAGCACCCUAGCCACUACCCUGAUAUCCCAGAAGCCGGCCUUCGAACGUGCGGGUGCCUGUACCUAUCUACACAACGCCACAUCCGACCUGGCCACCCACCACGCAGAACUCACGACCGCUCUUCUCGCCAAGCUUCCGACAGACUACCAGGAAUUCGCUCAGGGUUUCGCGACGUCGAUUGGCGGUGAAUACCUCAAAGCCAGCGCCGCCUUCGCCGAUGGCAACUGUACCGACGGGUCCAGCAGCGGCAGCGGUAGUAGCGCCACUUCCAUCGGCAACCCUGGCGAGCCCAGCGCAACCGGUGGAAGCGGAAGCGGAACCAAUCCAACCUAUGACCCUAGCCAAACCGGCGGCGUAGGUUCACCCGAUCAAACCGGUAGCUCGGGCCAAUCCAGCCCGACCGGCGAUGCAGGGAACCAAAUCAACCCCGGACGGACCAGCUCAGACGCUCUCUCGGAUGGAACGAAAGUGGGAAUCGGCGUCGGCGUCAGCGUGGGGGUGUUAUCUCUCAUAGGAGGAGCAUUGGCACUCUGGUUCUGCCUUCGGCGCCGGCAGCAGCCGCAGCAGACACCAGUGUAUUCCAACACCGCGAUUAUGCCGCCCUACCCUGAGGCCGAAGACACAGGCAAGAGAGAGCUAGGCGGCGUGGAGAUACAGUCUCCUCCAGGAAAGAGUCCUGCACCUUCUCCUGCUGUUGCUGUUGCUGCAGCGGAGCAACCGUACCCGCAACCAUACCCGCUACCGUCCACGGAGCUGGACGGAAGGCAACAGACACCGGCGCCUGUGGGGAUGGAUAACAGGCAGCACACGCCAGGGCCUGUGGAGUUGAGCAACAGGGUGCACACGCCGGGGCCCGUGGAGAUGGGGCCGGCAGUUCCACCUACGUCGGAGCUAUCAGCCCAUCCAUACCAUGUGUAUGAUCCAGGAUACAACCAACAACCGCAACUGCAGCAGCAACCGCAGCAGUGGCAUCAGGGACAGCACCCACACGCCUAA